UUCGCACAAGGAAAGUUGCAUCCCAGAAGCCGGAUCUUUUUAACCCCGUUCCGAUCGCACGCGCACCUCACUCGCAAGCUCGCAUCCGUGGCCCGCACCCGUUAGUGAAAACAUCGACAACUUUAUUUAUUUUUUAUCAAUUUUAAUUGAUUAUUUUUUUAUUCGCAAUGUAUAAAUCGAUUAUCGUUUUGUGUGUUAUGUGCGUUGUUUUGAUUGAGGCGCGUCCAAAAUGGCAGUACCUACCAGCAGUGCCGGGCUACGUGCCAGUGUACAUCCAGAACGGUGACACACCGCUCGAAGAAAUCAACCCUGACCUCGCUGAGGCCUUCCACGUCUUCCCAGCAGGCCGCAGCGUGGGGAAACAGGUCGACGCCGUCCCUGACACCCCAGAGUUAGCCGACCAACCACAACCCGACGAAGUCCCCGAACCAACCGACUCUAACGAUAAAUCCUAUGGAAAGAAGCUUCUGGGCAAAAAGAAAGCAACCUCCGACAUUGUGAAGCCAGUGGAACGUAGAUAAGACUCUUUGUACUUAAUUUAGUUUUAAUUAACAAGUGAGAUUAUUACUGCUAUGUCCACACUGUUUGUUUUGUCUGCGCUAUUAUUUUCGACUUGCAAAUCUUCUAAACGUAUUUAAGACGUUACGAACCAAACAUACUAAUAUUAUAUCGUUAUAGUGCAUUCAUUUUGAGAACGCACUCGCCAUAUUUGCUGUAUGUGUCAACUAUCUUGUCAAAAGUAACAGUGGGGUUAGUAUGAGAUUUUACAUCUCAUUAACCUCGAUAGAAUUCGAGCUCUUUCAAAUGAAGUAAAAAAUUCUGUACCACCGAUUUUUAUUUCGCAAGGUUCCCGAUUGGAGCGCUGACUGAAGAUGAAUGAACGAAUUUGAGCAUUAAAACAAUGCAGUUAAAGUUCAUUUUACGUUCAUCAUAGCUUCAAAUGCGCGACUCACGAAAAAAGCAGUGUGGACAUAACUUAAGAGUUUGCAACGGAAGAUCAAAGAUCAUCAAACUCAUUCUAAGCUUGCCAAUUAGCAUAAUAUACCUACUUCCUGUUAUUUAUUUUUAAAACAUUGUAUUUAAGUAUAAUUUUAAUUUUGCUACGCAUUAUACAUGACCUGUAAACUUAUUCGCGAUUAAAAUAUAAAUUACUAAUUAUUU